AUGGUCACAGAGACGGUCUACGUGACAGCAACUGCCCCGCUCGGCGAGAGUACGUCUUCAACCGCGGAUCUUCCCAGCUUUGUCCUCAAUUCGUCUCCGGUUCUUCCUUCGUCCUCGGUCGUUGCGCCGCCUCCGUCCUCAAGCACUGCUUACGUCGCGCCCGUGCCGCUUUCCUCUGCGCCGCCAACAUCCUCAAGCGCUGCCUAUGUCGCGCCCGUGCCGCUUUCCUCUGCGCCUCCAGCAUCUUCAAGCGCUGCUUAUGACGCACCCGUGCCGGUCCCCUCUGCGCCGCCAGCCAAUGGAGCCACUUUCACCAGCGCGAGCAAACCGCAGCCAACCGCCGACUCUUCACUGCUGUGCCCGCACGUCAUGGACCAGGCGAAAGCCGCUGGAGAACCCAUUCCACCUAUGCCCGUGGGUGCCGACAGAGAUCCCAGCGUCGUCACCUACAAUGCAUUGCCAACGCUGGCCGCGGCGCUCUGUGAAGCUCCGUCCAACUUCCACAAGCUUACGACAACACCAAACCAAGGCUCGAUCAAGAAUUCCUGCGACUACGAAGUGUACGUGGAUUCCAUGGGCUGUGGUAAAGGCGCACAACAUCAACUUAUCCCUGCCGGCCAAACUUGGAGCGAGCCAUUGCGGUCCUGCCCUCCUGAGGAAGGUACUGUCGUCUAUAAAGUCACAAAGGCAGACGAACCUGCGAAGCCUGUUCAAUUCGAAGUUGGCCUAAGCGUCAACCCCGGUCAGGAGAAUUCAGUGUGGUACGACAUCAGCUUCCUCGAUUGCAUGCAACCUAACACCACCGAUCUGAGCGCAUGCCCGGGCUGGGAAGGCGGAGUGCAAUGCAUCCCUGGAAAACAAGGCUGCCAAGUGUUCGUCUGCGGCCCUGGCGAGUAUUGCGAUGGUAGUACAUACACCGUCCCUGAAUUCGGCAUCAUCGUGGCUGGACAGUACAAGAACGACGAUUGGAGGGUAAAGGCGGGAUCUCCUGUUUGUUCAUGCGACACCAGGCAGGAGGGAAUUGCAUUCGAGCUUUGUGCCGCGAACUAG